UUUCAUUCCACAGUAAAAUAUUCCGAUUGCCCAAAUCUACCCGAGCCAGCCUGCGCCGUAAAGUUCCGAUCUUGAAGUGAACUGUCGAUUCAACUCUGAUUGCACUGGAAAAAUGGCGAAGCCUUCUGCAAAUGAAGGAAAUCAAUUCAUUUCAGUAAUCACGUUACUGGUUACCCUUUUGCUGGCGUCGUAUACCGUAUAUGUCGAAGCAAAGCCAAAAUCUCCAUCUGCUUUUGUGAAGAAGACCAUCUCAUCUAAUUCCAUAGUUAUCUUCUCCAAAUCUUACUGCCCAUACUGUAGAAGGGCAAAAGGAGUCUUCCAGGAGUUGAAACAGGUGCCACAUGUUGUUGAACUCGACGAACGAGAUGACGGUGGUGAAAUUCAAGAUGCUUUGAGUAAGAUUGUUGGGAGGCGAACCGUUCCACAGGUUUUCAUAAACGGAAAGCAUAUUGGAGGCUCUGAUGACACUCUUGAAGCAUACGAAAGCGGGGAACUCCAGAAACUGUUAGGCAUUGGUACCGGGGGCAAGGAAGAUCUUUGAGGCAGUGAUCGCUCCGGAUCCGCCUUAUGUUUGUUCACCAAUUUUUCUGGAGAAUUCAAAUACUGAUUUCGAAGUGAUGUUCUGCUUGUCUUUCCUUCAACAGUUUUAAUAUGGUAGCUUUUAGAGUUGCCCAAAGCAGUGAAAGUACUUAGAAUUUUGGCCUUCUCUUAUGUCUUCAAAUAUCCAGUUUCUUCAGUAAAUGAAUGUAUAUUGAUAUGGAUUGUCUGCAGGUACUUAAAUUAACAAUGCCACCCAUCUGGUUUGUAGUUCCAA